GCUGGACUACGCCGCCGCCCCCUUCCCUGCCCCUUCCCCGCGUGGAGGGGCGGCCUGCGCCUUGGAGGAGGCGGCGGGGCGCUGAGCGGGCCCUGGACGAGCCGGGCCCGGGAUCCGGAGCUGCUCCGUCCGGGGAGGCGCUGCUGAGCUGGAACGGACCGCGCCGCCGGGUUUCCGGGCCGGCGAGAGGAGCCGCGCCGCAUCCCGCGGCUGAUCUCCGUCGCGCUUUCCUCGGCCGCGCCGCCCGCCUGGAUCGGGCUCGAGCCCUGGAUUGGCUUCCUCCGGCUGAGGGGGCGGCGGCAUGGAUGGCCCGCGGCCCUCGGCCGGGCCGGAGCCGGAGCUGUCUGCCGAGAGCAGCCGGGCGGUCCCGGCCGGGCGGCGCGGCGUGGAAGCCUCUGGCCGGCGCGUGGAUUGAGCGCCCUCGCGUGGGACCUUCCGCCGCCUCCCGGCCGCCUCCCGCUGGGCCCGCCUGCCCCGGCAGCUGGAGGCUCGCCCUCCUCCUCCGCCGCCGCCCCGCUCCGCUCCGCCCCCCCCGGCUGGAGCCGCGGACCGGGAACAGCUGCGCGACCCCGAGCCGGGACCGGCUGGCCUGCCGCGCCCCCGUUUGGCUGCUGGGGGGCCCGAGCCGUGGGAUGCGGCCCGCUGGGGCCCUCCGGAGGGCUGCGCAUCGCUGGCAGAGAGAGGCCCGCGGCGGAGGCCGGGCGUAGCGGGCGGACUGCUCGCCUUUCCGACGACCUUCUUCGACAGCCGUGCGCGGCGGGGCCGGAGAUCCGCGCGAGCGGGGCCUCGCCUGCCCUCCUUUGGCGGAACGACUGACGCGGGGAGGAGCAGCAGCAGCAGCACUUGGAGGGUCGAUUUUUCUGGUUCUCCACCCCCCCCCCGGGAACUCCCCCCGGGAGCCACACACACACGCGCGCGCGCCAUGGCUGCGAAAGAAAACCCCUGCCGGAAAUUUCAGGCGAACAUUUUCAAUAAAAGCAAGUGUCAGAAUUGCUUCAAGCCUCGGGAGUCGCACCUGCUGAACGACGAAGAUUUGAACCAGGCCAAGCCUAUUUAUGGUGGAUGGCUGCUACUAGCGCCCGAAGGCACGGAUUUUGACAACCCUGUGCAUCGCUCCCGGAAAUGGCAACGCCGCUUCUUCAUCCUUUACGAACAUGGUCUUCUCCGCUAUGCCUUGGACGAGAUGCCCACCACUUUGCCACAAGGAACCAUCAACAUGAACCAGUGUACAGAUGUUGUGGAUGGAGAGAAUCGGACCGGACAGAAGUUCUCGCUGUGCAUCUUGACACCUGAGAAGGAGCACUUCAUCCGAGCUGAGAACAAGGAAAUCAUAAGUGGAUGGUUGGAGAUGCUGGUGGUCUACCCAAGGACGAACAAGCAGAAUCAAAAGAAGAAAAGGAAAGUGGAGCCCCCAACACCACAGGAGCCUGGCCCAGCGAAGGUGGCCGUGACCAGCAGCAGCAUCCCUGGCGCGGAGAAGAUCCCCACCACCAAGUCCACCCUUUGGCAAGAAGAGCUGAGAGGCAAAGACCAGGUGGAUGGGAAUGUGGGCAUCAGCUCGGCCCCUGGCUCUCUGCAAGGCCAGGCGCCUCCAGCGUGUUCCUUGAAGGAUUCCAUCCUGGAGAGCAAAGAAGGUACCUGGCCGGCCGGCCGGAUGGUGCACAGUUUCUCUCUCAAUUCCCUGGAUGUCAGAAGCUCCCGGCUCUCCAAGCACAAGGACUCCGCUGGCCGCAACGGGGUGAGGACAGAGGAGAGACGCAACGGCCCCUUUGCCUUUAAAGUCAGCCGCAAAUACUCCACCCUGGCCGACGUGCCCAAGGCGAUUCGGAUCAGUAACCGCGAUGCUUUUCAAGUUGAGCGGAAACGGAUUGAGCGGAGUUCCCGAGCGCGGAGUCCCGGACGGGAAGAGGUAGCUCGGCUGUUUGGGAAUGAAAGGAGGAGGUCCCAAGUAAUUGAAAGAUUUGAAGCAUUGGAUAUUGAGAAUGUAGAACACAUGGAAAUCAAUGCUUCCUCGGGUCUCUCCGGCGAAACUCGGCAGGGCAGGAGCGAAAAAAGGGUUUCCCCUCGGAAACGGGAUUUACUUGCUGAAACAGCAAGCGGGACCAUCAUGGACGUGUCAGCUUCUCCAUUGUCUCCACACCGGAGAGCAAAAUCGCUGGACAGAAGGUCUACAGAAUCCUCCAUGACUCCAGAUUUGCUGAACUUCAAAAAGGGAUGGCUGACAAAACAGGAGGAAGAUGGGCAGUGGAAGAAGCACUGGUUUGUGCUGACAGAUCAGAGCCUAAGAUACUACCGGGAUUCAGUGGCAGAGGAGGCAGCCGAUCUGGAUGGGGAAAUUGAUUUGUCGACGUGUUUUGAUGUCACGGAAUACUCCGUCCAGCGAAACUAUGGUUUCCAGAUCCAUACUAAAGAAGGCAAAUUUAUUCUUUCUGCUAUGACAUCUGGAAUCCGCCGGAACUGGAUCCAAACCAUUAUGAAACAUGUUCGUCCCACAGUCGCUCCAGACGUGACCAGCUCUUUGCCAGAGGAGAAGAGCAAAAAUGGAACCUCCUUCGAGGCUUGUCCCAAGCCAAGUGAGAAGCAGGAGACAGAGCAAGCCGAGAUUGACCCCGAAUACAAGCGCAGUCGAGCCAGGGAACGGCGACGAGAAGGUCGCUCCAAAACCUUUGACUGGGCUGAGUUCCGCCCCAUCCAGCAAGUCCUGGCUCAGGAGCGAGCCAAUUUGGCUGAGACUCUGAAGGACACUUCCACUCCGUUUCCCAAGGAGCCCGGCCCCUCAGAGACAGACCCCGGGGAACUGGAGCGAGAACGGGCCCGCCGAAGAGAGGAGCGAAGGAAGCGCUUUGAACACCUGGAUGCUACUGAUGGAGGAAGCCCAGAAGACUUCUCCAGGAUGGAGGUGGAUAGGGUUUCAGGGUUGCCUGCCACUUCGGAGGCCAAGCCCCAAAGCGUCCAUGUGGAGAUUGAGCAGAGGUGGCAUCAGGUGGAGACCACUCCUCUGCGGGAGGAGAAGCAGGUCCCCAUUGCCCCGCUACAUCUUCCUCACCCAGAGGAGAAUGGAGAGGCGCUCCAUAAGCAGCAGCUGACUGUGCUGCUGGAAAAGGAGCUGGAACAGAGUCAAAAGGCAGCUUCAGAGCUCUUGGAACAGAACCGUGCCCUACAAGACCAGCUCAAAGUAGCUCUGGGACGCGAACAAAGUGCUCGAGAAGGUUACGUCCUGCAGACUGAAGUGGCCUCCUCCUCCUCCUCCUCUUCCUCAGGGGCCUGGGAGAGGCUCCAUAAAGUCAACAAAGAUCUCCAGAGCGAAUUGGAAAGCCAAUGCCAGCGCCAGGAGCUGAUCAACCAGCAGAUCCAGUCGCUUAAACGUAGCUAUGGGGAAGCCAAGGAUGUCAUCCGCCAUCACGAAGCAGAGAUCCAGAGCUUGCAAGCCAGACUCAGCAACGCGGCUGCAGAUCUUUCCAUCAAGGAGCAGACCUUGGCUAAGCUGAAGAGCGACCUCAAGGCUGAGAAGAAGAAAACUGAAGAGCAGAUGGAGGAAUGGCAACACAGUGAAACGACUCUGAAUUCCCAGCUGAAGGCCAGUGAGCAGAAGCUGAAGAAGGCAGAGGCUCUCCUGUUGGAGAAGACCCAAGAGCUGAGAGAUCUAGAGAUGCAACAGGCGUUGCAAAGAGACUACCAGAAAGAAGUUCAACGUCUCCAGGAUCGCAUUGCUGACCUGAGCCUGCAGCUGAGUGCCGGCGAACAAUCCCGAAUGCUGAUGGAGAAGAAGCUCCAGAAGAAUUAUGAGUCUUUGCUAGAAAGCUGCGAAAGGGAGAAGCAAAUCUUGAUUCAGAGCCUCAAAGAAGCGGAAGAUAAAGCCAGCGAAUAUGAGAACCAGCUUCAGAAUAAUGAGCAACAGAAGGAGAUCCUGCUGAAGGAGAAGCUGACUGCCAAGUUUGAAAGCAGUGAACUAGUCCAUCAACUGGAGGACCAGCUAGAAAAGAAAGAAGCCAGCAUCCAGAAGCUGGUGGAACAUAUCAAGAGUCUUGAGGAGGAAAGGGAUCAAAUUAAAUGCAGGUUCCAAGAGUUGAUGAACCAAGUUGCAGAGUCCGAUAAUGAGGUGGCUAAACUGCAAACCAAGCUACAGCUGGAGGAGAGUAGCUACCACACUCUGGAGAGUUCCUACGAGGUGGUGUCGGAGCAGUUCCAUAAUUUGCAGCAGAUUUUGAAAGAGAAAGAGGAGGAGUUGAGACAAGUAAGAGAAACCCAUUUAUGCUUUGUGGAGAAAAAAGAUCAGGACUUCCAUGAGCCUCUUUUAAAACUAACUACUGCAGGUAGCAGUCGAGAAGAAAAAGAAGACCACCCGGCCAAAGAAGACGAUUUGAAAACAUCAGCUGAAGGGAAUUCUAUGCUGAAGGUUGCAACAAACGCAACUGAUAUUGGCAAGGUGGAAGAUCCAGCACAAAAUUCCUCAAAGCAAGGAAGACUUCCAGGUCUGGGAUGCGUGCUUAUUGAUAAUAGUCAUGAAGGACCCAGUAGCAGCCAGAGGCAAAUCUGUGGACAUACUGUGCUGAGCAUUGAAGAAUGUUCUUCUCCAUCAAAGUCAGUAGAUCUUCCAGAAAUAGAGAUGGGUCAGAAAGAUUCGAUGAAACUUGAUGCGGAAAUACCAGGAGCCAAAAGACAAAGGAUACGUUUCUCCAAUAUCCAGUGCCAAAAAUAUAUUCAUCCUGAUGGAUCAGAGAAGAUGUGGGCCAGCAGCACUUCCUCUGACACGAGCCAAGAGCGGUCCCUUUCAGAAGAAAGUAUGACUGCUGAACCAGCUUUUUGUUAUCUAGCCUCGGGUGAUUCUGAGACCUACUUAUCUGUCAUUCACUCCUUGGAAACCAAACUUUACAUCACUGAAGAAAAACUCAAAGAUGUAACCAUGAAACUUGAAAGUCAGCAGGGCCAAAAUCAAGAUGCCCUUAUGGUCCUUCACCACCAGUGGUCUGGCACUGAAGCUCAGCUUAGAGAACAGCUUCAAGACAGCUUGACUCAGAUUAGAGGGUUGGUGUCACAGGUAGAAUGUGAGAAACAAGAAAAAUUCAAGCUGAACAAGAACCAUCUCCAUCAACUGGGCAAACUCCAUGAAAAGACUAGCCAAGCAUUAAUAUGUUUAAAUCAGUGCAGAGAAGAGCUAAAACAUGUGGGCACCUCUGAAAAAGAAAAAGAGGAAGAGAUGUUCUUGGAUGCUCUGUCCAGCAUUGAAAGUACUUUAAUGGAUGCAAUCCAGAUGUUACAAAAGGCACUUCCUUCAGCUGAGCACCAACCAGAAGAACAUCUUGCAGUCCAAACUUUGCAGACUAAAGACAUCUGCUGGGAUGAGAACAAUGCUUCUCUCCAAGGGAGGCAACAGCUGGAAUUUUCUGUACAAGAACAGCUGAGGUUGCUUUCCAGGAGGGUGGCUUUUGAAGCUUGCUUGAUCAAUCAGAUAGCAGAGUCUUUGUCAGAUGCCUCUUCAAAAAUCUCAGUGACUCUCAGAGAGAUUCAUGCCACUCUGGAGACAGUCUUAUUGGAGCCUUCAAAUAUUUUACAUACUGCUGUGGCUUUAGCUGAUAUCUUGUCUAAGAAGUUGUUGUUGGAAGAUGAGUUUUGGAGUCAGGUAGAAGAAUUAAGGAAGCACUUGAGGGUCAAAGAAGAAAGGGAGGAAGAGAAGAGCGAGACCUUGGACUUUCCUCAGUAUCUCAUCCAGUCGGUUACAGACAGUGCACUGGUUAAAGCCGAACUGGGUUUUGUGGCUCAGAAAAUGAGAGAAUCCUUCCAUCAGAGGCUAAAAGCCAUGGAAGAAGACCUCCACAAUGCCAAAACUGCUCUUCAGCAGCAUAAGUGCAUGUUGGAAGAAAUCAUUAAAGCCUACAAAUCUCCUGAAUUUGAUGGGAUUAUGCACCAGAUCUCCAAAGCUCUUGAGAUCCAAGAAGGCACUUCAGAAGCAGCCCAACCAGCUUGGCACGUCAGCCUUCAGGAACGCAUUUUGGAAGCUCAUAGUGUACAGGAUCUCAGCAGUCAAGCUCUGGCUGCUGUCCAGCAUGAUGUGGCUCAGCAGCUCAAAGACAAAGCCAACAUUCUGAAAGAAAUUGCUGCUGCCCUUCUGUCUGUGUCCCCUGACAAUGCUUUGAAAGAUUGCCACAAGCUCCUCAAAAUCUCACGCAGUCCUCCUUACGAGAUGUGCAUGGGGGAUCUUGAACACUACUCUUCUCUACUGGUCCAGGAUGCAAUUAUUCAGGCCCAGGUUUGUUACGGGGCCUACAGAGCAAGGCUAGAGUACGCAAAGGAAGCCAAGGUGUACAAAGAGUCUCUACAAAACAUGGAUGUCUUAUAUCAGGAGCGCAUACGGGCAGUCACCAUCCUCAGAGAAGAGUAUGAAGUAAUGCUGCAGAAACAGCAGAACGAAUUUGCUGAGAUGAUUGCUGUGCUCAAAAGAGAGAAUGAAGACCUCAGAGCCAAGGUGGAGCAGCUGGACAACCAGCGACGACUCCUGGAAGAGGAAGAAUGUAAGCAGAGCCAAAAAAUUGCAGAACUUCAGAGCCGGUACGAUGAAGAGAUGCAGAAGGUUGUUGAGCAGCUCCACAGGACUGAGGACACCCUACGGGGGGAAAGAAUUGAGGGGGGCCAUCAGUUGGAGGCCCUUGUACAAGACAAGCAGAACCUGGAGAGAUACCAUAUGGAGCAAAUGGAAAGCUUAGAGGAAAAGUUCCAGGUCAAGAUGAAAGAAAUCCAGGUCCUCCAUGAUGAGGAACUGCAGAUCUUGCAGGAACGCUACAACCAGAAUAUCAAGUGCUUGGAAGAAUCGCUGGAGAAGUAUCAGAAGAAGCCUCCUGAAACCUCAUCCAGGAUUGCCUCUGGUGCAGAAGCACUGGGAGAAGACCAUCAUAACAAUGGAAUCCAGGUCUUGCGAAAUGAUCCCAAUGCCCUACACGGAUUGAGGGAGCGGAUUCAAGAACUGGAAUCCCAGAUGAACGUCAUGAGAGAUGAGCUGGAGAACAAGCACCUGGAAGGGAAUGCACCCACCUUGAGGGAGAAAUAUCAGAAGGACUUUGAGAACCUUAAGGCAACGUGUGAACGGGGGUUUACAGCCAUGGAAGAGACCCACCAGAAGAAGAUUGAGGACUUGCAGAGGCAACAUCAGCGAGAAUUGGAGAAGCUGAGAGAGGAGAAGGACCGUUUGCUGGCUGAGGAAACGGCCGCCACUAUUUCCGCCAUAGAAGCCAUGAAGAACGCUCACCGGGAGGAACUUGAACGGGAGUUGGAAAAAACCCAGCGCUCCCAAAUUAGCAGCAUCAAUUCAGACAUAGAAGCUCUGCAGAGACAAUACUUGGAGGAGUUGCAGUCAGUCCAGCGGGAACUGGAAGUCCUUUCAGAACAAUAUUCGCAGAAGUGCUUGGAAAACGCCCACCUCGCCCAGGCUUUGGAGGCGGAGAGGCAGGCCCUCCGACAAUGCCAGCGGGAGAACCAGGAACUCAACGCGCACAAUCAGGAGCUAAAUAACCGCCUGGCUGCAGAGAUCACCCGACUACGGACAUUGCUAACUGGGGAAGGUGGCAUGGAAAUGGCCCUCUCUCCUCUCACCCAAGGCAAGGAUGCCUAUGAGUUAGAGGUCCUGUUGAGAGUUAAGGAAUCAGAAAUCCAGUACUUGAAACAAGAGAUCAGCUCUUUGAAAGAUGAAUUGCAAACAGCAUUGAGGGAUAAAAAAUACGCCAGUGAUAAAUACAAAGACAUCUACACAGAGCUCAGCAUCGUCAAAGCCAAGGCAGAUUGCGACAUCAGCAGAUUGAAAGAGCAGCUGAAGGCGGCCACCGAAGCCCUGGGAGAAAAAUCUCCCGAGAGUAGCACCGUGUCCGGAUACGAUAUUAUGAAAUCGAAAAGCAAUCCUGAUUUCUUGAAGAAGGACAGGACCAGCAUUGGCCGGCAACUAAGAAAUAUCAGGUCAAAGAGUCUGAAGGAAGGUUUGACGGUGCAGGAACGCCUGAAGCUCUUUGAAUCCAAGGAGUUGAAGAAAGACUAAUGUUCUCCUUCAUGUCUGGCUUGGCCAUGUGCACCACCUUGUUUGACACAUCACGACACGAGCAUCCUUCUUCUUUCUUUCCCCACCUUUUUGAUCUUUUUUUAUGACUACAUUUCGCUUGGCCGGGAGCGGGAAUUUUUCUAGAGCUCCUCCCGAUGAACAGACCGAGCAAUUCCAGACAAUUUUUUCUGUCCACCAUCAAUUCUGUCUCAUCAAUUUUAAGAUGUGUGGACUUCUGCUCCCAGAAUUCCCCAGCCAGCAUGGCUAGCUGGGGAAUUCUGGGAGUAGAAGUCCAAGCAACUUAAAAUUGAUAAGAUUGAGAAAUACUAGAUUAAACAGAUGCUUUGACAGUCCUGAAUUAAAAAGUCCUUACUUUGGGCAAGAAGACAGGGAGAGAUUGAAGAUUUUUCUCCCUUAAAUAUAUAUAUAUAUUUAUCUCUUUCCUAGUGUAUAUCCACUACAUUAAGUGUCAGUAUUAAGGCUCAACAGCCUAUUAUAAGCUAGCCCUGUUUUACUGAUGUGUUGAUAUCACAACAGGGCCCUGGGAAAGGGGGAGGGAGGACACACCUCCAGGUUAGCUCCACCAGUGUUGAAGAGUAACACAGCACUUAGGCGCAUCUUUUGAGCCAUUCUGAAACAAACUCAGCUUGGCAAAGCAAGCUCCCCAACACCCCUGGAUGAUUGAGAAACACAACAAGGGGGAAAGAGAACACUUUGAGCUGUCCUUGAUAUUGUGUGGUUUGCAGAGAUUCGGUCCUUUGUGUAGCUUAGCAAUCUUCUGAAUUUAUUUUACUAAGCCAGCUUAAAACCAUGGUUAAAGGGUGGCAGAUUCCACCUUAUCAGGAUCUUGGAAAAAACAGUCUUUAAAACGGCUAGUCAAUCACUGUCCUCUUCCAGUUGGAUUCACCAUUUCUCCUAUUCUCGGUGGGUUUUGUGCAUCCAUCCAAAAGAUUUCAAGACAUUUCUCUCGUCUGCUGAGGACAGAGAAAUUGGUUUUUAUCCUAAAGUGCAGAUCUUCACUUCUUCAAGGUGACUUUUAAAAAGAAAAACAAAAAUGGAUUAUAUUUGUCUUUGAGGAUCUAUUUGGGUCCCAUUGCACCAUGCAACAGUGGUACAAAAUUGUAAAUAAAAGGAGAAAGGGAAGCAGAGGUUGUGACUUGCAAGAGAGAUGAGCUUCCCACGCAGCAAAGGGAUUGGGGAGUUUGAUUUAACAGUCCUAACAACAGUAGGAAAGGUGUCUUCUGUAAAUUUCGGCAGUGUCUAUGCAAGGGAUAUUCCGUUCAAGGAACACCUGAAAAUGGGUUUGGAACUAAAAGGCCAGUUAAAGGUGGCCUUCAAAAGACCAGGUUAACCAUGAUCCAAAGAAUCUUGAGUGCUUUCAUCCACUUGAAAUGAAGGUCUGCAUGACUUUUGAUUGUCCCUCCCAUAUCUUGGGCCCACCCACCCAAAAAAAUGCAAUGAAUAGAUUGCUUGAUGCGCUGGGAUCCAGAUUGUAUAUACAACUUUCCCAAGAAAGGCACUAGGAUGGAUUAAAUCCAAUGAACAGAACACCUUGGAAGUGAGUGCUUAAAAUUUCAGCAUUAAAAACUCACCAGCAUUAUGAACAAGCCUUGUUUCCCUCUUCUCCACAUUGCAGAUGAUUGGAGUGCUCCAGCCCAAUUCUACAAAUUUGAGGUCCGUUAAGAUGGAGUUUUUGCUCUUAUUGGAUUGAGUUUCUGCUGCUUACUUGGACUAUAAACUGUUGAACUUUGGGACAAGCCCAAUUGCAAAGUCCUGCUAAUCUCAGAGAUGAGUUAGUCCAUUUCUUUUCUCUGCAUGCAGCUUUUAGAAUUUUUAAGACACCUAUGAAAUAAGUUGUUCCAAAACAAAAACACCUGUUUUCUACAGGUAGACCUGAAGCAAAAGGAUACCUUAGUAUGCACUACCUUAAAGGCAGCUGGGAAAUGUAUGAAUUUCAGGCUCCUAGUUGUGUUUGACAUGCCACAACAACAGUAUUUUGCAAAGUGUAGCUGCCCUGAGUGGCUAAGACUAAGAAGAUCUUAUUUUUACUUUAGAGGUUAGGCUUUUCUCCUUCAGGACUUGUGGCUCUCCUAACUCUGAGCAGUCUUCCCUAUCUGACUGCAAAUUGUUGGUUGAGGGUCUAGAAGUGUGUUUCAGAGUAGGUAUGGCAGCCCCAAAGCAAUUGUUAGGAUUGGUGUAUGCAUGUUGGCAUUUGGAGAGCACCUUCUCAGGUGGCUGAAGAAGAUGCGGUGGUGGCAUUUGUCCCUGAAAUGGUAUUGCAGGCAUCUCUCUUCCUCUCUCCUUCACACAGGUAAGGUUGAACUGGUAGAGCAGUGUUUCUCAACCAUGGCAACUUGAAGAUGUCUGGCUGGGGAAUUCUGGGAGUUGCCAAGGUUGAGAAACACUGGGGUAGAAGAAUUUAAUUUUUCUUGCAUGAUUUUCCUGCAACUUGAUAACAAUCUGUCUCUGGGAACAAAGGGUCUCUGGGAAAAAUCCCUGCAGCUCAUCCCGUCCCUUUCUCAAUAAUGUCCUGAUUCCAAGAUGGUUUCUUAAAACAUGGAAAGCAAUGUUUGAAAGAUGGGCAAAACCACCCCACCUCCAUUCGCACAAAACUGACUUUACUGCUGUGAACAAGGGGCUGUCCCUACGCAACCAAGCCAGCGGGUGUUUGGGAAAGCAUGGGUUUCUUGAAUGGCUCUUUGUACUUUGGAGAUGUAAGAUAAACGUAUAUUCUUGAUGGAGGUUUAGCACAGGUAGAUGUACUGUGCAAACACCUGAAAUACGGCUUUUGGGAUGUUGUCCAUGGCCGAUCUGGUCUUUUUCCCCCUUGUUUCAAAGCAGGACUCUUGUCUUUUCUUGAUGCCAUUUUGCUUUCCUUUUUUCCUGCUAAGAAAUAAAAGGAGGAUCGCUUGUGCUGAUCCACGAAUCUGAGCAGGCUGUUUUUCUUAUGACAGAGGUUGCCUUCAAGCAGCCCUGUGUGAUGUUUAGGGGGGAAAGUGUUGCUUUUUGUAAUGACAACAUACUUGAUUAGAAUCCCACUGGACUUCUUUUUUCUCCAUUUCAAUGGUUCUUAUUCAGUACUUCGUUGUGAACACUUUAAGCACAUGCACGCUUAUCUUUCCUUUGUAAUUUCCCCGUUUUUUAAAGCUUUAUUCUCUAAAAAUAAUUUAAGACCUGUAUAGUAUUCAAAGCACGCCAUGUAAAUAUUUAUUAUGCAAAAACUCGCAGAGGGUUUUAUGGGGUGACUUUCUUUUUUUAAUCUUGUUCUUAUACGGAUUUCCUUUGGACUUGAAAGGAAAUUAGUGUAACCUGAAAUCCUGCUUUGUUCCCUUACAGAAUGUCGGUUGGUUGGUUUGAAUGCUAUAAAUAUAUUUUUAAAUUUCUCUGAUCCUUUUUAGUUUUGGAAAUGCUUCUCCAAAGAAAAAUAUGUACAGUGUUUUAAAACUUAAUUGCUAUACAGUAGUUUUCUUCCUCAUUCACUUCAGUAAGCUUGUAACGAUAGUGGUGCAAAUAACCCGGGAUAUGCAGUUAUGUUGCAGUAAACUCAGUUUAAUGGACUCAUAGGAAGGUGUUUGUUAGACCUGAAUGUCCAUUAAAUAACGAAUAGGAUUGUAUGUAUGCAGAGUGGCCAAUGGAUUUUAUCUGAUCGACUGAAGGUCCAAUAAAUUGAGCAUUCACUGCAUGUUCACUGACCAAUGGUGAUGGUAGCAUCUCUUAAGUCAUCAAAGGUACACCAUAUUGUUGCACGUUAACCCUAUGGCAGAUUAAACCAAGCAGUUCAGUUCUCCGAGGAAAUUAAGUCGAUGUUGCUUCUCACUGUCCAUAAAUUUGAAUUAUGCCAUUCUGCACGGUGGUCACAGCAUGGCAGUAUACAGCUGCUGUAGUUUUGAUGUCUCCCUUUAAAGUUACGGUAUGAUACACUCCAGUGGUGUUUUCAGAGGGGAAGAAUACCCUUGCUGGUAGAAUUUGAGCCGGUGACUGACCACAAGAGCUGGGAAAUAGUCCUAAAGUACCUAAGGGAAAAUCUUGGUUUUGCCAUGGAAUUAGCUAUGCCAUAAAUCUGCAUAAGUCAAUAAAAUUUGUUAACAGUGGAUCUGGGUGAUGAGAAAUAGGUGUUAUUUCCUUGUUUCAAUGGAGUGACACUAUCACUACUUUCAGUGUAAGGAACAACCACACAUAAAUGUCUACAUGCCAUUGUUGUUGAGCAGCCGAAGAGCCUGCUGAUCUGUUCUUACCACAUGAACCUAUGUGAACCUGGAGGAGAGGGAGUGGGAGGUUGUGCACAUAGACUGCAAGGAGGCCCAUCUUCAUGGGCUACUCGUGACUGCCUUAUUUCAGAAGAUUUCUGAGGCCACCAUGUCUGUGUCUUAAGUCCCACGUGAGCAGCAUCACCAAGCUGACCAUAGCUGAUUGGAUCGCCAGGUCAUCUGAGAACUCAGUGUGGGGACGACUAAUUCAGUGUUUCUCAACCUUGUUAAGAAUUCUAGGAGUUGAAGUCCACCCAUCUUAAAGUUGCGAAGGUUGAGAAACACUGCUCUAAUCCAUACUUUCCGGCAAAAUUUAGGGUGUAAGAAGAGUCCAUUUGGAGAGCAGGUGUCAACCAACAGUCCAUUCAAACCAAGAGGACUCGUGGGAGUCCCGGCAAACUUAGCUGCUGAACAAUGAAUGCGUCCUCUCUUUUUCUCAACGAAUGUGUUUUGAAUUUAGUGAGUUUCUGAAUGGCGUCUUUUCAUGCUUUUAAGGGAGCUAGUUCCCUCUUCAGCUGUUCACUGUAGAAGUAUCACUUCGGUCACGGUAUUUAUUCCUUACAAACCUUCUGUGACAUGCUAGGGUUCCCAUGGAUGUAGCUGAUGAUUUUGUAAAUAUAAUUACUUAACUAUACAUAAAAUUAUAUCAUAAUAAACUAUUUUUGCACCACC